CGGCCCCGCCCCCGUCGCCAUGGGAACAGCCGCGGCGGCUCGGGCUGCGCCUCCUUCGUCUCCUCGGGCAGGGCAGGCAGGGCCAGCUGAGCCGGGGUUGAGCACACCGAGACGCGGGGAGAGAGAAGAGGAGGAGCGGAGUUAAGGAAGCGCACCGAGCCGCCGUCACCCCCAGCCCUGGGUCUCUGUGCCAGUCCGGUCCCGGUCGUGGCCCCAGAGGGGAAGGCGGACAGACGGGCGAUGUGAGCUGUUAGUGGAGCCAUGAGCUCCGCCUGGACUCCAGACUACGAGGCGCUGUCCCCGGCAGGGGCUCCAGGGCCAGGGGGGUCCGGGGGGUCCGCGGGGCUGGACGCUGAGCAGCGCACCGUCUUCGCCUUUGUUCUCUUUCUGCUGCUGUUCCUCGUGCUGCUCAUGGUGCGCUGCGUCCGCAUCCUCCUGGACCCCUACAGCCGCAUGCCCGCCUCGUCCUGGACCGACCACAAGGAGGCACUAGAGAGGGGCCAGUUCGACUAUGCGUUGGUGUGAGGGCAGAGCGGAAGGGUCCCGCACCUGCCCCUGCCCCUGCCCCUGCCCUGAGAUCCCGCCCUCCCUCCUCCUUACCUUGACAUCUCUACCCCAUCCCCAGGCUGACCUAGAAUCUAAGGCCCAGGGCCACCUCCAUUCUCGCACCCCAGCCCGGUCUAGGGCUCCCCAAACUCGCCCCCUAGCACUUUACCUCAUUCAUCAAUCCAGCCUGGCCUAACCUAAGGAUUUUCUUCUUAUUCGGACCCCCUGGUCUGUGACCCGAGGUCCCAAACUACCCUAUUCCCCUGACCCCAAGCCUGGUCUAGGCCUCCCUUCCCAAACCCGGAUUCCACCUCCAGGUCGAUGUGUCCCAGGGGACCAGAAGCCCGCGCUGCUCCUAAUCCCGACUCCUGCUCCUAAACUCACAUCUACCCCCACCCCCAGGGCACAAGAUGAGCCAGCCUAAGGUUUGGCAGUUUGGGGGGGGGGGGAGUUGAAGUGGAGGGGAUCCUUCCCACUCACUGCCAUCAGGGAAGCACUAGAGUGAGCAAGCUCUGGGAGGCAGGUCCCUCAUUCCUGUGCUUUGGGGACCCCCCCCCCCCCAGGAUGGUGGCUGCUCAUCUGCCUCCUAACCUUCACCUGCCCGGCCCACUACUUGAUGAUGGAUAGUCAAAGCUCUGGAUCCUGCCGCCUCCUCCUUUUCUUCUGCCCAUUUGACCUACUGGCCUCCCCUUCUCUCCUAACAGCUGGCCACUCCCCCAGAGCACUCAGGACCCAUGUCCCUCCCCUAGCCUGGGACUGCAGAACCUAGAUAGCCCCGGGCCUUGGGGCCAUCUCCUAGAUUGAGAAACUCAGCAAGCCCCACCCUCUUCCCCCUCCCAGCACUCUGGUCCCUCCCUCAAUUCAACAAUUAUUUGGUAAGCACCUACUAUGUGCAAGGUACUGGGCCACCAGCCCAACCCAGCCCCUUUUCCCUGACCUCAGAAACCUCUAACUUUUCCCAGUGGUUGACUUCCUGGUCAAGGAGAUCCUGAGCAGAGGGGCACUGCUGUGGGCAGUGGGGGGUGCAAUGUGGCUGAGCAGGGCACUACUAUUGAACCCAUCUCAAGGCUUCUUGAAUGCCUACUGUGUGGAGGGCAGCAGGUGAUCCAGGAUGGCUGAAACCAGACUUGGCGAUGGGUUUCUUUGACAAGGCUAUGGUCAGCCCCAAACCCUUAUCAGCCCCCCCCCACCCUACCCCCCAGAAUGGAGGGAAUGUCAGCUGAGAGCUGACACAAGUGUGGCCAACCUGCCCUCCCUGCCCCCACCGCCCUCCUCGUGUGACUGUGGUCACCUCUAAGCCUGUCUCCCUACCCCGAAUCAGGGGCCUUCUGCUCUCCCAGACCCCCCAGGCUGACUUGUUCUCCACCUCUGUGCCUUCGUUCCUACCAUUUCCCUGCCUAGAAUGGCAUCUCCAGCUUCUUGGCCACCUGCUCUUUUCCCACGCCCAUAUGAUAUCCUUGGUAUAUACCUUCUGUUGCUUUGCUGUUUGUCCUUCCCCAAAGUAUGGAAGCUUACGAAGGGUACGGGGGCCUCUUCCCCCUUGAUUACUAUAGGUAGGGUUUGGUUCUUUUCAUUCAGGGCUGGUGUCUGGCCAGCUGCCCCUGUCACGACCCCUGCCCCACCACGCUGGAUUUAUCGAGUUCCCACAAGUGCUGAGCCCCUACCCCACCUGGCUGGGCUCUAAGGACCAAAGCAGUUCACCCAGAUGCACCCCUGAGCUAAAACUAGCAGACACAUCCAGGACAAGCCAAACCUAGGAGAGGGAAGCUGGACAGCGAACAGAGACAACACCGCAGCAGCCCUAGCUCAGGCCCAAAUAAUAAAUAACAAAUCAUCCUGU